AUAAUUUAUGGGCUGCGUUCGCGACUUAAAACCCUAGAGACCGCGCAACUCCCGGUCUCUCCUUUUUUUGCCUCUGCACCGCCGCCGAGAGCAGCCCCCAAAGCAGCGACGAUGGAGGCGGCCAGGACGGUGAAGGACGUCUCGGCCCACGAAUUCGUCAAGGCGUACGCCGCCCAUCUCAAGCGCUCCGGCAAGAUGGAGCUUCCUCACUGGACAGAUAUUGUCAAGACUGGAAGAUUUAAGGAGCUUGCUCCAUACGACCCUGAUUGGUACUACAUCAGAGCUGCUUCUAUGGCAAGGAAGAUAUAUCUGAGACAGGGUAUUGGAGUUGGUGGUUUCCAAAAGAUUUAUGGAGGGCGCAAGAGGAAUGGAAGCCGCCCCCCGCAUUUCUGCAAAAGCAGUGGGGCAAUAGCUAGGCACAUUCUGCAACAGUUGCAGGAGAUGGCCAUUAUUGAUUUUGAUCCUAAAGGGGGAAGGAUGAUUACCUCCCAGGGACGGCGUGAUCUUGAUCAGGUUGCUGGAAGAGUUGUAGUUGCUCCUUGAGCGAGUGUUAGGUGCUUAAAUUGUGCUUGUCUCUUUUGAAGAACUUGACUCCUGUCAGUUUUAUAGCAUUUUUGAUGUCUGAAUUUUGCCUAAUCGGUUUCAGUUGUGUUACUUAGCUGCUGACUGUCUAAAAUCUAGAAUGAAAUUCCCCAUGAGCUGAACGGUUAUUGAUGAAAUACUUGAGAUCUAUUGUUUGAUCAAUACUUGAGAUCUACUGUUUGAUCAAUACUUGAGAUCUCUUGUUUUAUCGACAUGGCCUAAAGAAAAUGGUGCCUUGGAAUGGUUCUUUAA